CGACUCUUCUCCAAAACUCUAAUUCCUUCUGGAAAACCCAAUUUAAAGUUUCAAUCCCUCGCGUCUUUUUCUCUCUGCUCAUCGCAAUCCACCGCCCUGCCUGAUCUCUUCACUUUCUGUCUCUGUCUUUGAGCGCUGUUGCUGAGUUACGAGUGCUUAUCAGCGAUUAGGAGAUAUACGAGAGUUGCAGUGUUUGUGUGGUUGUGACUGCUUUGCUGUACCGCUCGUGUGGAGAAAGAAGAAGAUCUUUGAUCUCCGUCGUUCGCUAUAUCUUUUCAAAUACUCUCUUUGAUCUCAUACACAGAUCUAUUGCCUGCUAGAUUCUCUCAGACUUAUUAGCACUCUAUAUUGCAACAUCUUAGACACAACUAGUCCCAGAAAGUUCACAAUGUCUGGCAGCGCAUCACAGUAUCAACAGCUUGAGAAACUUGGCGAAGGCACAUAUGCGACCGUCUACAAAGGCCGCAACCGCGCCACAGGCGAACUAGUCGCGCUCAAAGAAAUCAGUCUCGACAGCGAAGAAGGCACGCCGUCGACCGCGAUCCGCGAGAUCUCGCUCAUGAAGGAACUCAAGCACGAAAACAUCGUCUCGCUCUACGACGUUAUUCACACCGAAAACAAGCUCAACCUCGUGUUUGAAUACAUGGACCGCGAUCUGAAGAAAUACAUGGACAGUCGCGGCGACCACGGCGCGCUGGAUCGGAACACGGUCAAGUCGUUUAUGUACCAGCUCCUGCGGGGCAUUGCGUUCUGUCAUGAGAACCGCGUACUCCAUCGCGAUCUCAAGCCGCAGAACUUACUAAUCAACAACAAAGGCCAGCUCAAGCUUGCGGAUUUCGGACUCGCGCGCGCGUUCGGGAUCCCGGUCAAUACGUUCUCGAACGAGGUCGUUACGCUCUGGUACCGUGCGCCGGACGUGCUGCUUGGAUCGCGGACGUACUCGACCUCGAUCGAUAUGUGGUCGGCGGGCUGCAUCAUGGCAGAAAUGUACACCGGCCGCCCGCUGUUCCCGGGCACGACAAACGAAGACGAGCUGCAAAAGAUCUUCAGACUGCUCGGCACCCCCUCCGAGCAGACCUGGCCAGGCAUCUCGCAGCUUCCAAACUACAAGCCCAACUUCCCCGUCUACCCACCGCAAGACCUGCACCUGAUCCUCCCGCAGAUCGAGCGGCCGGCACUGGACCUGUUAUGCCUACUUCUGCAGCUGCGGCCCGAGAACCGGAUUUCGGCGGCCGACGCGCUCAGGCACCCGUGGUUUCGAGAGUCGCCUGCGAUGGUGGUGAACUCUGGCGGUGUUGCGCACCCGGGACAUGGAUUUUGAUGAGAGUAUGAUUUAUAUGUGGCGUUUGUAUUUAAGACUAUUGUAUAUACCUUAAUAGUUCUCUUUUCAAAAGG